AUCACGAUUCGCAAUUGUUUUGAGGCUGCAGAUGCAACGACAUUGGAUCGACGUCUAUGGCUUGUGAUAUUGUGACAGGUCAGUGUCACUGCAGGCAACACGUCACUGGAAGAACCUGCGAUCAUUGCAAGGGCGGUUAUUGGGGUUUGGCUACCGGCGCAGGAUGCGCACCAUGCGCCUGUGACUCUUUUGGAUCUUACAAUGCAUCCUGCCACGAAGACACAGGACAAUGUUACUGCAAGCCUGGCGUAGGUGGAACGCACUGUGAUAACUGUUCACCUGGAUAUUAUGGAUUUUCGAAAAACGGUUGUCAACCCUGCGAUACCUGCGACAAAACUGGCCAUAUCUGCGAUCCGGAUACCGGUCGUUGCAUCUGCCCGAGUUUGACACUCGGCGAGUAUUGCGAUCGUUGUCGACCUGGUUCGUACGGACUUGUACCUGGUAUUGGAUGCAAGUCAUGUGACUGCACCCCGGGGUCUACGAAACCCCAGUGUGACGUCAAUGGGCAAUGCACAUGCAGGGACGGAUACGAGGGACUCAGGUGCGAAUUUUGCGCGAAAGGAUAUUACGGCUAUCCACGUUGCAGACCAUGCAAGUGCAAUGUGGCAGGUACGUUGCAAUGCAAGGAUGGCGGUUGCGAGUGCGACGAGAGGGGACAGUGUCCUUGCAAGGAAAAUACUGUGGGCAAACAGUGCAAUAAAUGUAGGGAAGGUACGUUUGGACUUGCUGAAGAAAAUGCAAAGGGAUGCAUAGAGUGCUUCUGCUUUGGCAGAUCGACUCUCUGUCAAGAAGCUGGUUUGUCGUGGGGACAGAGAAGGCUGCCAAAGCCACGUAUACUCUACGUAAGCGAUGCAGUCAAUGACGUGAUGAUAAACAGAUCUGGCUCAACCAGCAUCCUGCCGUCUCUUAAUGGAGGAUUAAACGUGACGAACGGUCUCACGAUCAUCCCCGGCACCGAGGGUGACGUAACACUACCCUCGAGUCUGUAUUACAGCUAUCCACUCUACUGGCAACUGCCCAAAUCUUUUCUUGGAGAUAAGGUCGUCUCCUACGGUGGUUUUUUACGGUUUGCUACUAAGGCGGAAGGCGGCGAUAUUUUGCGCAACAACCUUCAGUAUCCACUUGUGCAAAUUCAGGGAAAUGGCAAGCUUGUAUUGGAGUACUAUCUUCACUUGCCGGUUAACGAUAAUUAUUACGAAGUCAGAUUACACGAAUCUUUGUGGCAAUUACAAAAUAGACCAGAUUACACUGUGUCCCGUGAAAUUCUUAUGGUAACGUUGCAAAAUUUGCAGCAUAUUCUUUUAAAAGCGUCGGAUUAUUCGGAUUUUACGAAAGUCACACUUCUCAACGCAACUUUGGACGCUGCUGUUCUCACGCCUACGCAUUCCCCGUUAUUGGCAGCGGGCGUUGAGAUUUGCAAAUGCCCACCAGAGUACAACAGUACAUCCUGUCAAGAUCCGAGCGUAGGAUUUUAUCGAUGGUACAACAACAGUACAGCAACAUCAACGAUCGUGAUCGAUCUGAUCGGCCAAGCGAGACGCUGUCAGUGUAACGGGAGAUCGGAAAUCUGCGACAAGGAAACGGGAUAUUGUCUGGAUUGCAGACACAACACUGCUGGCAAUCACUGUGACGUCUGUGCAGAUAGCUUUUAUGGUCAUCCUGAUUUUGGAGGCUGCAAACCCUGUCCGUGUCCACAUGCUGAUAAAAGAUUUUCUAGUACCUGCAUUGUACGCUCAUACAAUGAUGUCGUUUGUCAUUGCAAACCAGGAUAUACUGGCAUAAGGUGUGAACGGUGUUCCUAUGGGUAUUAUGGUUUUCCUACAAUUCCUGGUGGCAGUUGCAAACCUUGCAACUGCAAUUUAGCUGGAAGUGCAAGUGAUGAGUGCGAUGAGGAAACUGGACAAUGCAACUGCAGACCUGGUUCUACUGGAAGGGAUUGUUCACAUUGCACUGCGAUUAGACAUGUGUUUAUCAAUGACAUUUGUACCUCCUGCAAUGACAAUUGCACUGGUAUACUGCUUGAUAAUCUUAGUGCGAUGGCUAACACAUUGGCACUGGAAACUACUCAUAUUGCGAAUGGUUAUAUUCCACCACCUUGGGAAGAUUUGUCAUUCAUCGACUCGAAUACAACUGCAUUGCUUGAUAAGCUUCAAAUGGAAAAUUUGAUUAAGACUAGAUUGAAAAAUGUACCCUGGUAUGAUUACAGGAAACUUAUGACAAACGCAGAAGGUUUAUUGAGAAAUGCGAACCAAUUAGCCGAGCGUGCCAGCAUUCUUAGAUCGAAAAGUGAUGAUUUGAAAAAUAAUAUCUACAGUACGCACAUCGAAAUUAAACAUGUGAAACAACAACUGGAAGACACUAUGGCUCAGCUUUCACAAUACGGAGAUGAUGAUAAGAAGAUCGAAGUGAAAAAAGCAUUGAAAGAAGCUACUGCAAUAUUAAAUAAUUUAAGAACCGUAAAUUUAUCACAGAAAACAAAAGAAAUUCAGGCUGCUCUUGACGACGUCACCGACUAUAUCUUUUGGCUGAAUUCUCAGUACGACGCGACAGAGCCUUUAAUGAAAGCUAAAAAAGAUGCAUUGAACACUUCGAGGAAAUUACAUGAUUUGAGAACAAUUAUAGAAAGUACAAUGGAGACAUUGUUCACGUACGACGGACUAUAUAAUGAAAUCAACAACACAUUAGACGAUACUAAUUAUCAGUAUUCACUCAUACGUGGAUUAAAAAACGAAAUCACAGAAACGACCGACGAAGGAGAGAAACUGAUUGACGAGGCAGAAGGAUUUUUUAUUGAUAGCCAAAAUAAUUUUCAGGACCUUCCGGAAUUACGUACAAAAUUAUUAAACUGGAGUGAAAUUUUAAAUAUGAAAGAAGAAAUUCUAUACAGAUUAAAUUAUGAGUAUCAAGAAAAAUACGUUCUGCCAGCUGUUGAGCAUGCAAAAAACUUGUCUGAAUUUGCCGAUCGUUAUGUUGGAUUGUUUGCUGAAACCAAGAACGAGGCAGCUAAUCCUCUAAAGGCUAGUCAGGCUUAUAAGAAUAUUGUUGACACACUGGAGGCUGCAAAAGUUGCAGCAAUACAAGCUAAGGAAACUGCAGAUGACAUGUACACCAAAGUCUUUCCUGGAGGCGUUCACUCAAAAUCUCUGUUAGACAGUGCAAUGGAAAUGUCAUCAAGAUCAUCUGAGCAAUGGACGAGAGCAAAGCAGCAUGAAAAGCUAGUAAUCUCAGCGGGGAAUCAAUUGGAAGCUCAAAAGCAGGCAGUUACUGAUUUAAAAGAUACUUUGAAUCGUACAGGAAUCAAAGAUAAUCAAAUCAAUGUAAAAUUACGUGAACUCAAAAGUGAAAAUAAAAAGGUUCAGGAAGAGCUCCAAACAAUUUUGGUUGAUAAUGACGAAGUGAUUGAAUCCAUUGAGCAAUCAAAAAGAUUGAUAGAAGAUUAUAAAGAAGGUACAGCGAAUAGGCUCAAACCAAAAUUACAAGAACUUAAAAGGGAAGGUGACUGGAAAAUUAGUUUAGCUAGUGAAAAACUAACCGAAGCACAGAGCAAUAUAAAGAAAGCUGACGCCAAGUUGAUUAGUUUGACUAACGCUUCAGUGAAGAGACAAUCAGAAUUUAAAAAAUGGAAUGACACACUUGCUGAAAAAUUACAAAAUUUAAAAAAUAAGAUUGCCGAAGCAAGAAAUACUGCUGAUGGGAUACGUAUCUCCUUGAAAUCUGUUGAAAAUAAAAAAUGCGUUAGGUCCUACAGACCAGCGAUAUUACAACCUUCCUCAACAACCAGUAUCGUACUAACAUUAUCAGUUGAUAGUAAUCAAAGAGAAGGAUCUUUAUUUUAUCUACCAAGCAGUAUUAACGACGAUUUCGUAGCGCUGGAAAUGGUUGACAGGAAGAUAAAAUUCGUAUGGAAUGUUGGAGGAGGUACGGGCGUCAUUACUCAUCCGGAAGUCAUCGAAUCAGGUCAUAUACAAAAUGACGAUUCAUGGUAUCGAAUAGAAGCCGAAAGAAUAAGAAACACUGGCACACUUAGUGUGCGAAAGCAGUCCUCCACGUCCGGAAGGUACCUACCGGUCGUGAACUCCACAGAUCCCGAAUACGGCCGAUUUGACGUUAUAUCAACCGAUCGUAUAUGGCUUGGUGGAAUUCCUGAGUCUCAAAGAAGACCCAAGGAAUUAUUAGCUGGCAAUGGUCUACCUUGUUGCGUUCACCAGGUCAUCCUGGAUGGACGACCAAUUGGACUUUGGAACUUCGUAACAACAGCACCAGACAAGGCGUGUCAGGCUUGCAUGGAGGGCGCUAAAGGUGAAAUUAAUGAAAUUGCAUAUAAUUUUAAUGGCGAUGGCUAUUCGGUGCGUAAAAGAGUUCUCACUGGCCCGUACAAUAAGUAUAUAUUUGGGGUAUCAAUCAGUUUCCGGACAUUUGAUGAAAAUGCAUUGCUAUUCUUAGCUCUUAACCAGAACAAUAGUCAACAUGUUAUGAUUUAUCUACGUGAGGGUCGCGUCGUCUUGCACAUUGGUUACGGCGGAAAUGUCAGUAUGGAAAUGUCAUCGACCCACAAAUAUAAUACCGGAAAUUGGACAGAGGUUGGUGCAUUCCGCCAGUACCAGACGACGAAGAAUAUUGAAAAAUGUCGUCUCAGCGUUGGGGGUGAAACUGAUAAAAAAAUUGGAGCGCCAACUCCACAACCUAAGAAGGAUGACAUCCCUGAUCUUUCACAAGCUCUAUAUUAUAUUGGGGGUUUGCCACCUAGUUUUCGAAAUGAUCAGUUGAUGUUGCCGUCUCAAGUUUCAUUCUUGGGAUGUAUGUCGAAUAUUGUUAUACAAGAUGGAUACGAUCCAAUGGCUGAAAAAUAUUACGGUGUAGAGCCAAGUUGUGGAAAUAAGCCUUUACGAAUUGUCGGAUUCUAUGGCAACGGGUACUUGGAGCAUCAUUCGUUCACGUUAAAGAAAAUAUCAUCCGUCAUUAAUUUCACUUUUAGAACUAUGCAGGACACUGCAAUACUUUUGUUGUCAACAUUCCAAGGCCAGGAGGAACGACUAAACAAUAUUCAAAAUGCAGACGAGGAUUCGAAUAGAAACAGCUACUACUCGGUCGCCAUUGUCAAUGGGCAAAUUCAAGUGCGAAUGAAUGCCGGCAAAGGGGAAAUGAUUGUUCAGACUAAUAAUACUUUCAACGACGGAAAGUAUCAUGCAGUAACAAUUAUAAAAAAAAGAAAGGAUGUAGAAUUGAGAGUUGAUGAUGCUUAUCAAGGUAGUGGCAGACUACCAACUGGCGCCGCCAUAAGAGCACCGGAUUCCAAUGGCGGUUUAUAUUUUGGUGGUUUGCCAGCUUUGAUUAAUAAUACAAAAAUAGUGGCUACAAGUAUACCUUUAUACGGUGCAAUAAAGGAUGCGAUUUUCAAUGAUGAAGUACUGAGAUUCGACGAGGUCACCACUUUCGACCAUGCCCUAAUCGGUCGUCCAGGUCCUAGUAUGGGUGAAGAUCCUCAAAAUUACGCCCCAUCGGCAUCUCUGUCCCGUGGGAUGUCAACCCAGCCAGAAGGCUGUCAAAAAGUACCCUACUAUUCCCUAGAACCGGGUGCCCUAAAGUUUGGUGACAAACCUCACAGUCACACUCAGCUGUACCUAAACUUCAAAAAAUUCUGGGAGAAGAAAUACGUAAUUGAAUUUGAUUUUCGCACAUACUAUCCAAACGGUCUGCUCUUCAUUACACCGGGGCUCAAACCUAAACCCUAUCUUAUGGUUGUCAUCCGUGAUGGUCAGCUGUUAUUGCUAGUAAAAAGUAAACAGAAGAAAGAGAUCCUGUUUAAAACGCCAUUCAACAAUGGUAACUGGCAUCACGUAGUGAUCAGUCACGAAGACAGAAAGCUAACACUAGUCGUAGACACACAAUCGCCUAGAACAAUCAAAGUCCCCAAGAAGAUAGGACUUGCAUCAAUGAUGUACAUAGGGGGCCUUCCAGAAAACGGUACACCCUUACCUGAACAAGUUGUUGUCAAACUGGAAACCCUGAAAGGAUGUAUGAGAGGAUUACGCGUCAACGGAAAUAUCUACGACAUGGUUGGUUCCACCAGUAGAGCCUACAACGUGGGCCAAUGCUUCCCCAGUGUUGAGAGUGGUGCAUAUUUCCAGGAUGAAGCUUAUGCAAUUUAUAAGAGAGACUUCGAAUUGGGUGCAGUACUGGAACUUGAAUUGGAGUUUCGAACCUCUGAACUAUCUGGUGUACUUCUUUCGAUUACUGCACCAGGUGGUUCGCCAUCCAUGUCCUUAGAACUGAACAAUGGUAAAGUUAUAAUGUCUGGGGACCUGGGAGACAACAAUCCACUGUAUGUCGAACAGCACUUUCCUAAUCCCUAUGUAGUCUGCGACAACAGAUGGCAUAGAAUUCAGGCUGUUUAUAAUGACGAAGAAUUGGCAUUGAAAGUGGAUGAGUUAGAUCAAAAAUAUGGAUUACCAGCCAAUGUAAAUUAUCACUUUAUAGGAUCCACAGCAUCUACUAGUCCUCUGUACAUUGGUGGAUUACCUGCAUCAGCACCGAAGGGAACAUUAAUAACACGAGAUCACUUCAAUGGAUGCAUAAGAAACGUUAUGAUAGGCGGAGAAAGACGAGAUUGGACGGACAUGGCUGAACUUCACAAUAUCCACUUAAGUUCCUGUCCGAUUCAAUAGCUGAUAGUUCUAACGUGAAUUCCGGUACGAUCGACAGAACUUAUAAAACAAAAAUAUUAAAAAAUAGUAAUCGUACGUGUGAGUCACGUUUUAACUCGCCGGGGUGUAGUGCCAUAGCGCGAGAUGAUUAAUCGCGAAGAAACUAGAGAGAAGUAAAAAGAUCCGUAUUAAAGAAUUAAGAAAUAAACGAAAAAAAAAUAAUUUCCAUAUCUUUAAGACGUAAGACUUAAAAUGAAGCCAAAAGAUGCUAAGCCGUGAACAAAACAAAAAAUAAAAAAAUCAAGAGUUUCAUCUCGAAUCUGAACGUGAUUAACGAAUUAAUUAACUAUCUUAUCCUUCGCGCUCCUCCAAUCGGGUAAGUCGCAACUUUUCUCUCUCACAAUAACAGAUUAAAACGUAGCCACAUGGAAUCGCGCAAAUAUUCAUUCUCAUCAUCAUCACAUUGGCAAAUAAAUAACAUACUCGCGUAAAUGAGCAUUAAUAUGUAUAGUAGCAAGAUCACUGCCAUAUAUAGUUUAGUAUAAUUAUCGUCCACCGUUAAUUAAGUCAUUGACACUGUACAUCAGUAUUUAAUAUUAUUAUUUAUUAUCGCUAAUGAAGACGCGUAGAAGAGGGAACACGGCGUGCGCGUGCGCAUGAGCUUGCUCGGGACAAAAACUAGAAAUUCUAUUUUCUACUUUUAUAAUUAAUCCUAGACUUUCACAAUCGGCGACACUCAAAUUAGUCGCGCUUUAUAUAGUAUAUAUAUAUUUUUUUUAAGUAUAAGCAAACGUCACAAUCCACAUUUGAAUAUUGACGAUUGUCCCACGCAAAGACUGCGCGCGCAUACUCGUAAUGAUAAAUUUAAUUAAGGUAGAAACACGAUCAGAGAAUAUUUUAGUAUUUAUACUUGCUACUUCUUGAUACUCCUCGAAAUGUAAUAUAUUGUAUUUGCACGUGAAUUAACAACGCCGACGAAUGCGUCGCUCUAAUGUGUAAGAGAACAAAUAAUAUAAAAUGGCAAAAAAUACAGCAACAAAAAAAAAGAUCAAACAAAAAUUCAA